GCCAUGUGCUAUCGAGACGUCACCGACCCAAUGCACCCGUUUCUUCACCGCUUGACUAUGCCCCCGAUUCGCGACCGGAGCGACGAGAGAACACCGCCGAACGUUCGCCCGUCGUCUCCCGGGUUGAAAACAACUCGUGCCCGCGCGGGUUAAGGGACUUUCCGCUGUGAAGUUUGAAUGCGGAGUGGGACUUCGCCACUUUCCCGUCGGAGUUUGGUCGAAGCCUCGAAAAGUUGUUUACAUUUCUAGUUCAAUUUACGUGCGUUACAUUGACAAAAUUGCUCGUUUUGUGUGAAAGUGACGACGCGCGCGGGUUGUCGUCUCGCGUUUUAAACGUGCCACGGAAGGAGCCGGUCAAAGUCGUGUUUUGGUGGCUGACCUCAUUGUUGGAAGUUAGUUCCAACCGCGUGUCCUCCUCACACAAAAGAACUUUUUUUUUUUUCAAGUCGCGCUGCGUAACGCCGCCAAACGGCAUUUUCUCCUGUUUUAUGGCUACUCGGUGUAAUCAUUUGCUCCGGGAAAUGUUUAUGGCGGUCUGAUGAUGCUGUCGGGGAGCGAGACGGACGACGACGACGGCGCGGACGCCCCCCUGGACCUGUCGUCCGGCGGCGGGGGCGGCGGCAAGAGGAAGCGGCGCGGCAACCUGCCCAAGGAGUCGGUCCAGAUCCUCCGCGACUGGCUGUACGAGCACCGCUACAACGCGUACCCGUCGGAGCAGGAGAAGGCGCUCCUCUCCAAGCAGACGCAGCUUUCCACACUGCAGGUGUGCAACUGGUUCAUCAACGCACGCCGGCGCCUCCUCCCCGAGAUGUUGCGGAAAGACGGCAAGGACCCCAACCAGUUCACCAUCUCCAGGAAGUGCGGCAAGGCGGGCGACAGCUUCUCCGACAGCUCGCAGUCGCCCAAACACAACAGCCCGGCGGGGGUCGCCCACGACGACGGCGGCUACGACAAGCGCGUCUUGCACCCUUCCAGCUUCGAGCCCGCCGCGCCCGGCGUCCUGAGGAAGGCGGCGUCGCCCUCCUCCUCCUCCUCCUCGGAGCCCUCUCCCGCCUGCACGUCGCCCGCGUCGGGCAGCCUGCCCACCCGCCCGUCCGUCAUCUGUCACACCACUGUCGCCGGCCCGACCCCCCUGCACCCGUCGCCGCCAAACUCUGACAAGGCGGCCGAGCGGCUGCAGGCGGCGCAGGCGCUCCUCAGGUGCCUGGAUAAAGGGGCGGCGGGCGCCCACCUCCCCGCCGGCGCCGCCACCACCAUCCUGGAGGGAAACCUGAGCCCCCGCAGCGGGCUCUUCAACACCCCUCCCCCGACUCCGCCAGACCUCACGCAGGACUUCAGCGGCUUCCAGCUCCUUGUGGACGUCGCCCUGAAGCGGGCGGCCGAGAUGGAGCUGCAAGCCAAACAGUUAGUCUCCUAAAAAGGUGGUGGGGGGAGGGGGACCCGAGUUCACAAACUGAAAACACCCCCCCCCCACUCUCCCCUUCCUCAUCAUCUCUUUUCUAACCGAAUCAUUUUUUUUUUCUUUUUUAAAUUGGGAAGACAAACUAUUGCGGUGCCUUGGCUGUAAGAUGUUUAUUCAUUUCAUAUUUGUAUCGACGUGUAUCUUAUUUGCACCCCAAGGACCAAGAAUACGGGACAAAUGCUGCCUGUCUUACGUCUUUCAUCCAAACACAUUUCAGGUCCCGACGGGUCUGCGUCUUAACACACUUUUUAAAAAAAAAAAAAAAAAAAAAAAUUUUUUUUUUUUUGCUUUUGGUAUCAACGUAUUCACUACUGUAGUUAAUGUUACACUAUAGUUUUUCAUUUAACUGUUUUAAAUGAUUUUUGUUAAUUUUUUUAACUCCUUAAUUACCCACAUAAGGGAAAUAUAUUCCAGAUGAAAAAUGUAGCAGGGUGGGCCAGUGGACUGUACGAUGACACACUACACGUUUAUUUUUUAUUUUUGUUGACAAAAAGACGGCCAAAAAAAAAAAAAAAAGAAGAAGCAUAUUCAUGUACGAUAGGACCGCGUGUGUAUAGUUAAUGUGACGACAUGACGCCCUCUGAUGUGAUUUCUUUUCAUACUGUGCAAUGUUUGUGGCGAGCGGGAGGUCACGCGGGAUUCAAAUAAAAAAAAAAUUUCUUUCUUUUCUACAUUUCGCGGCGUGGUUGUGGUGUGUCGGCUAAUUAGCAUAAUACCACGUUAAUUAACACGGCGGGGUAUUAAGCGCCGCCGCCGCCGUCGUCGCAUAAGGCCACUUCCUGUCUGGCGUCGACAGCUGUUACGUCGGCAAAGCUCCUCAAUAGGAUUUGUCGUCUGCUCGCAGACACGCGGCAUCUUUCGUUCGUGCGAGCGCCUCAGCUUGACAGCUGUCAUUCCCGUUUGCCUCACAGUUCUGAGGACCCGGGUUCGAUCCCGGCCCCACCUGUGUAGAGUUUGCAUGUUCUCCCCGUGCCUGCGUGGGGUUCCUCCCACAUCCCCAAAACAUUAAUGCGGGAGGAAACCGGAGUGCCUGGAGAAAACCCACGCAAGCACGGGGAGAACAUGCAAACCUCACACAGGCGGGUUCGGGAUCGAACCCGGGUCCUCGGAAGUGUGAGGCCAACGCUUUACCAGCUGCCUGUACAGUCAGGUGUCAAAAAGUGACAGCCCUGCCUGGAAUCACUUAAUGUGGCUUUAAAAAGAUUUGCAGCCCACCCUGUUGGCUCACCCUCCGGGGUAUUCCCACCGCCAGAGUUGAAACCAAGUCAACUCCGCGGAAACAGUGCGGAAGUUGAGGGGUAAUUACGGGGCGCCGCCCCCCUCGCCGUGUCUUUUGGUUGCGGGCGCGAUGGAAAACACAUGCGCAAAGAGAGCAGAGAAAUGGCCACAGGGUUUGUUUUUAAUGCUCGCACACGCGUGCCAUCACGUCCAUUAAACACGUAGCAACAUUAAUUACAAAAGAAACGUCCGCUCGAUCGGGUUAUCUGAUAUCAUUUACAUUUACACAAAAGGGGGGGGGGGGGACAUUCACCUAUGUACAAUUCAACUACAACACAAACUCCCUGCUACACCAGGAGUUGAUAUGUUAUUGUUAUCAUGAUGAUGGACAAAGUGUCAUUUUUUUUUUUUGGGAACUUGA